GCAAAUAAAAGGACGAAGAUUCUGUGGAGAACGACAAGUGUCUCAACAGCUGUGAGCGAUUUUACAGCUCGCGUACCGGGUUUUGUAUACUUGUUAAGAUCGUUGCAUAAGUUAAAAUGUGCAAGUUUCUCAUUUCCACUAUUCUAUGUUCUCUUUCUUUUUACAUUCCACCUGCUCGAUCAACUUACUGUUGGAUCGACGUAAAUAAAGAUUUUAACGAGAGGCAGCCAUUGGUAUUGCAGUCAAAUUCAAAUGAAUUUCUAUAUCCUUCGAAAAGUUUUUCGAGUGAUUUAAAAUUUACAUUCUGCGAGAGUCUGCGUAUUGCAUGUCCCCAAGAUAAUAUCACUGUUUUUUCAUCGAAACUGAAUAUUUCUGAAGCCACACUUAAGUGUUAUGGACUUUUAUUUUUCAAUGUGGCAGGGACUGGCUAUAGUGCGCCAGUGAAGCGCAUUAGUUGUGCGCAGCCCCCUCUAGCAGAAGCUAACACCACAAGUAUCACCUGCCCGAAUGGCACUAUCGCCCACAUCGGUUUCCGAUUGCAGAACUCUGGUUUUCUACCAACAAUUGAUGAGAUUUGUCACAAUGAAACAUUAGGUCAGACUCACUGGGCCCACUCGAAGGUUCCCAUAUCGAUUCGUAAGCGUCAACGCGAACUCGGACUACCUACAUACUCCACCGGUCCCUUCUAUCAAAAUAUCAGCAUGAACCCUUGGAUUUUCACCAAGCAGAACCAGCAAUCGAGACUCCGGACGCUACUUAACAGUACAGCAUUGGUUGACAUAUACAUUCCGAAUGCUGGUGACAGUUACCUUGUCGAGAGUAUGUUGGUUCCUAAAGAAGAUAUGUUCUAUCAGGCACAACAGCGCAGCACUUUCUUUUAUAUUAAUACAGUGCCCGUGUGGAAGAGUAUUAGAGACCAAAAUUGGAAUCUAGUUGAGCAAAUCGUCCGAAAAGUAGCCAGUAAGCAACCCAUCGAAUUGGACGUAUGGACCGGUGGUAUCGGUAAUCUUACCCUCAAUAACUCACAAGGUAACGCGACCACCAUUACACUGGCAACAAACGGAGAAGGAAACGACGUAGUCCCGGUGCCUCGCUUCCUCUUCAAGUACGUGAUGAACAAAAUUGCGAAUACCGGUAUUGUUUUCAUCACAGUGAAUAAUCCCCACGUGACGGCCAUCACAGUUUCGGACAUACUCUGCCAAACCUACGCCAAGUGUGCUAUACUUUAUCCACAAUUCAACAUCGCCAUCCAGGGUUACACCUAUUGCUGCACCGUUGAUUCUGGCAGUCAGUUUUUCAAUAUUGCUGACAAUCUUGGACUCCCGACUUUCCCCACCGCCCAGCCUCUAAUAUAA